AUGGGGUUUUGUAUUAUGUGGAAAGUAUUAGUUGGUGUUUCUUGUUUAUUUUUCGUUGUAUUUGCUCCAUUUUGGCUCACCGCAUGCCUCGUUAUAACGUCCAUUACGCAGUUGAUUUCGAGCUCUGGGCAAUCCAAUAAUGGAUCACAACGUCAGAAUGAUACUCCUCAAGAAUGUGAGGAGUUCAGGGACAUUGAUGAUGUGAAAAAGGCCAAGAGUGGAAGCUCUAGAUUCAGCGAGAAGCUGGGUCAGCUGGAGGUAGCCGCUGAGGGCUGGAAGGCCCGUGUGACCGCUCCUGAUUCGCACCAAUUCUCAGUCGCUGGGAAGAUGGGGACAGUCAGCACUCCUCAGCCUGCCCUUGGUGGAGCCAAUCGCACCCCGGCUCCACAAGUCUUCACCCAGUCCCCAGCUUCCAUGUCUACCCCUUCUGUACCUGACAGUCUAGCAGCUCUGAUGAAGAGGAGCAUAUCGGUACCGGAAGGGAAAGAAAAUGAGCCAGCUGGAGAUGCACCGAUAGUGCAGGUACCAGAACCCUACGAUGAGGAUUUCUCUUCAUUCUUCCUCAGCCCAAAUCUCGAGAGGUUGGCUUCAUCAGGUGAUGUCGAUUCCUUUGAUCUUGAACAUAUCUCCUCAAGUACCUCACACUUAUCUGUAGUAAAAAGAAAUGUCCGGAUCACAAGAAAGCACCGAUCUACAAAUCCUCUAAAAGCCCUUGCCCAGCGCUCUGACCUCAGGACAGAAUACGUUGAGGUCAAAUCAGGAGUUGCAGACCGUGAAAUCCGACGGAUGAACAUUGAGAAAUUGUCAAAGAACUCUAAUAUGGCUGUGGAGGCCCUGGCAGGACUUGCCUCGAAGGAAGAUAUUGGAGGAGUUUUUCUAAAAAAAGCAGACGCACCCUCAGCCCUGACAGCUCAGUGGACUCAUCCAUUGCUACUUAGAGUAAAGGGCAGGCGCCAUCCUAUAACAUCAGUUGUCAAACCAGUAUAUACCAGUGUCAAUCAAGGAGACUCCUUCAUCUUGGUCACCAAAGACCAGGUGUUCCAUUGGAUUGGAGAAUAUUGUAGUCUUACGGAAAAAUCACGUGGCAGUGAUAUUGCUCAAGACAUAGCUCAACGAAAAGAUCUUGGUUGUACUGGGGCUAGUAAUGUGAUCACGCUCGAAUCAACUGGCAACUCGGAGAGGCACAAAGAAUUUUGGAGGCUGCUCGCUCUUCCAGAUCUUCUCAUGAGCAGCUACAAAGGUGAGGGCGCUGGACAUCCUGAAGAAGAUUCUGUCUAUGAAGUGGCAAUGAGUGAGACUUACAUGGUCUAUCGCCUCUCUGCUGAAAAACUGGUUCCUGUCGAACAAUAUUGGGGCCGGAUACCAAAAGUUGCUAUUCUUAACCCUUCUCAGGUCCUUGUGUUUGAUUUCCGUUCAGAAGUAUAUAUCUGGUCUGGUAAAAAUGCAGAUAUGGCAGAGAAACGAAUCGGCACAAGACUCGCUCAUGAAUUGUUCAAAGGAGGCUAUAAUUCUUGUUGGUAUCCAACUGGCAUCAGUUGGUUAGAUGAAGAAAUGAGUAAGAAGGAGAGGCCGGAAUGGUCUAUCCUACGUCGUAUCACCCAACAUAUGGAACCUGUUAUAUUUAGGGAGAAAUUUUUAGACUGGCCUGACUUUUCUAAGAUAAUACAAGCAAAGCAGAUCAAACCUGACAAUGAUUCUAAGGCUGAUGGAAGCGUGGAAAUACGACCUUGUGACAUAAAAGAGAUGAUCGAUUGGGAACCACCAGAACCUGAUCUAAUUCUCGAAGGGACACAUCUCGGGAGAGGAAAAUCCUAUUAUGAUGAAGAGACCCGAAGGCUAUUUGAAGUAAAGACCCUGACUGUUGACAUAUGGCAUAUCCAUGACUAUUCUAGGACUCCAUUGGACAGGCCGAGCUAUGGUCAUUUUCACAGAGGAGAUUCGUAUAUCAUUAGAUGGAAUUAUUCCAUCACAGUAACAGGUCGUGAACUGAGUGGGGAACCUUCAAAACAUGGUUCAACAGGCCGUGAACGAAUCGCCUAUCUUACCUGGCAUGGAAGCGAUUCACCUAGUCUGGAGCAAGGGGCAGCAGCCUUGCACACUGUUGAUUUGGACUCGGAAGCGGCUACGCAACUAGUCGUCAGUUGUGGUCGUGAGCCCCCGGUAUUUCUCACUUUACUUUCAUCACCGAUUGUAGUUCACUUCAACUCAAGGGCAAGUCUUUCAAAAGAUUCAAGAAAAAAGAAAUGUUGUUCAAAGAAUGUAACACUGUUAAAAGAAUGGUUUGAUCAACAAGGAAAAGUUUUUGAUUACACAAGUACAAUAAAGAGAAAUCCCUUUCCUGUGUUACAAGUCCCAAUGGAACAAGAUAUUGCCAACACCAGACUGUACAUAGUUACUGGAGAGGACGAAGAUGAAACUCGGCUGGAUGAGGUUGAGGCAAGUGAGAAGUCGCUGCGGUCCAACGCUUCCCUGUGGUUGGUUCGACCAGCGCUGGGUUCGAGUUACCUUUGGUACGGCUGCUGUUGUACUUUCAAACUUCAGGCUGCCAAAGCUGUCAAGAGGAUAGCAUCUUCGCCUCCACCAGAGCUUGGCGCAUCAGUAUCAUCUAUAAAAGUUAAUGAGAUAGAAGAAGGAGAUGAACCAGACCAAUUUCUCGGUGGCUCAGACAACAUUAGGCGCAGCAGUUAUAAUUCCCAGCUGAUGACACCUUCACUGACAUCUGAGCGACAGGCUCGGCUGUACCAUCUGACCUCACUGACAGGCGAACUGACUGCGAUUGGAGUACCAUCACUUAGGACGAGGUCUAACAAAAUGGUCACAGCAUUUCCCUACCUUCAGGACGACCUAUACUCUGCUAGCCAGCCAGCUGUAUUUAUCCUGGAGAGCAGUAGCAGAGUGUGGGUGUGGACUGGGUGGUCACCAGCGGACGCCGAUGAGCGAGGCUCGCAUAUGGUGAGGCACCAAGCUGAGAAGAAGGCAGCACACACCGUAGCCCUCGGCUUCGCUAGGGCCGUUAAUCUAAACCCUGCGGAUGUGGUCACUGUGGUAGCUGGGCUAGAACCACCAGCUUUUACAUCUCUCUUUCCCACGUGGUCUCUGAAUGAAGAGGCCAGAGCAGCCAGUUUAGAGGAUGGCUGGAGCGAUGGCGAGAUGAGGAACACGCAGGAGGAGCUGGCUGCUCUGAUGCGGGAGAGCUACCCCCUUCACACCCUGACCAGCAACCCGCUCCCUGCUGGGGUAGACCCAACCAGGCUUGAACUCUACCUUGAUUCCUCAGAUUUUAAGGAAGUGUUUGGGAUGGAAAAGGAAGAGUUCUCAGAGCUGCCAGCAUGGAAGCAGGUGAAGUUGAAGAAGGCAGUGAACCUCUUUUGA